ACCGACUGGUUGACUCUCUCUCACUCCCACCAACGUCGUGGGCUCGUGGCGCACGCUUCCUCUCUCUCAACCGUGGUGAUCUCAACCUCCCUAAAUCCUUACAAAAAUCCUCUACCUCCUCCUUCUCCAUUCUACAGCCCCAAAUCCUCUCUCUGUCUCUUCCCUCCACUCAAAUUAUAGCCAGGAUCUUUGGAAUCACUUUUAGGUCUGAAGUGUCAGGAUAACUACUAACUAGUGCUCUAGACUCUGGAGUCUGGAGCUUUAGCAAAAAGAACUACAGAAGGGCGAGGCUGCGAUCUGUCGGAAAGAAAAAUUUUAAAUCAUGCAUUACUGGGUUCAAGCUUCUCCUGUUGAUUUUACGGGACCUCUUCCCCAGCCUCGCAGUGGUCAUACGGCCGUCAUGGUUGGGAAAUCUAAGGUUGUCAUCUUUGGUGGUCUUGUAGAUAAGACAUUCCUAAGUGACAUCUAUGUUUAUGAUGUUGAAAAGAAGAUGUGGUUUACGCCAGACUGCAGUGGAAAUGGGUCUGAUGGGCAAGUUGGUCCCAGCCCCCGGGCAUUUCAUGUUGCGGUCGCCAUUGAUACUUUAAUGUUCGUGUUUGGUGGGAGAUUUGGUGGCAAAAGGUUGGGUGACUUUUGGCUUCUUGAUACUGAUACUUGGCAAUGGUCUGAGCUGGCAAGUUUCGGUGAUUUGCCCUCACCGAGGGAUUUUGCAGCAGCUUCUGCAGUUGGAAACCAGAAAAUUGUCAUGUUUGGUGGUUGGGAUGGCAAGAAGUGGUUGUCGGAUGUCUACGUCCUGGAUACGACAUCACUUGAAUGGACAGAGCUGGCAGUCACUGGAACAUUACCCCCUCCUCGGUGUGGUCAUACAGUUACCAUGGUUGAGAAGCGAUUACUUGUCUAUGGUGGCAGAGGUGGUGGUGGUCCAAUCAUGGGUGAUUUAUGGGCUCUGAAGGGUCUAAUUGAAGAAGAGAAUGAAUCACCUGGAUGGACCCAAUUGAAGCUUCCUGGUCAAGCUCCUUCUCCUCGCUGUGGGCAUACCAUAACUUCUGGUGGGGUUAAUUUAUUGCUCUUUGGAGGACACGGAACUGGCGGUUGGUUGAGUCGAUAUGAUAUCUAUUACAACGACUGCAUUAUCUUGGACAGGGUUUCUGCACAGUGGAAACGAUUGCCUAUUGGCAGUGACCCUCCUCCUGCUCGAGCAUACCACACAAUGAUGUGUGCUGGGCCACGUUAUCUGUUGUUUGGUGGCUUUGAUGGGAAGUCGACAUUUGGUGAUAUAUGGUGGCUGGUGCCAGAAGGGGAUCCUGUAACCAGGAGGCUGGUUGCAACUCCAAGAAAAAAUGUGCAGGAAACUUUUGAUGCCAGCAUGACUAAACAACCAUUACUAGAGGAAAAUCAAAGGGUGGGAUCUGCUGUGUUAGAAUUGCAGAAGAGGCUGGAAGUAUCAGUUGCGCUUCCUGCAUCAGGUCUGCAAAUCGUAGAUGAGCAGGAAGAUAGAGAAUUACUUGAACUUUUGCCGAGUUCUACUAAUGAGCAGGGAAUUAGGUUAGUUCGUGAUCAUUGGAGGACAGCUUCACCUGGAUCAAUAGCACUGAAGGAGAUUGGACCCUUGCUUCGUGACUACCAACGAAUGAUUGCUCGGCGCUGUAGUAAUGCUGAUUUGCAGUCAAUUGAGGCUGGUAUUCUCGAUAAAGAUGUUUUUCGGUUCUAUCACUUUCGAAAUGCUUCACAGUUGCGAAUGGAUGAUAUUUCAAAGCUGCUGGAGGAAUACAAACAGCUUUUAUCGGAGUGAACAGCAGUUUGUUCGUCCCUUUCAGGUUCCAUCCACAUCACAUAACAUUCUGUUUCGUUCUUGUCGGAUAAAAGAUCGACCGCUGUAACUCGAAAGAGGGGCGAUUAUUUGGUUCAAGAAUUCGGUGGGCGAUUUGGGUGGAUGCAAAUGCCAUUUGGCCUGCGGUUAUUUGUUUAAACCAUAAAGAACAAAUUACUAGCAAGAGCUGGCUUGUUUAGAGCUAUUAAUCUGGUUUUUAUCUUGUGGAUGAAGUUUCUGUUGGUUUAGUAGAUGCUCAACAACUGCUACAAAUCGUAACAUCUUCGGAUAAUGUAACAGUCCAACAGAAGGAGGAUAGCAGCUGGAAAACUAUAUUUCCACCAACAAUGGUAAUGAUGAUAAGAUGAAGGUACGC